UGAACUGCCAGCUAUUAUGGUGUGUUGGGGGGGAUAUUACCCCCUAUGAAGACUGGCUCCCAGCCACUGACGCCACUGCUCCCUCCGAGGAAUUCGUCAGGAAUCCAGACUGGGUUUAUAAAUUCAACAUUUACCCACAAUGCUUAUGUAAACUCUUGAAGUGUCGUCUGCCUCCACUACUACUUUCUGAAGGGAUGUCAUUUGGAAAUCAGAUCGCAGUUCGUCGACAUUUAUUUUUUUCUCAACUGGCGUUUGUAAAACCUGACUGUGGAUUUAACACCAGCGUUGCCAUCAACACAUAGAGAACUGAUUGACGAUUUUGUGUGAAACCUGGAAUUUCAGAGACGGACAAAACUUUGUCACCAGUUCAAAUACUUUUCAAAGACUAUUGGUGUCAUGCUUAUCAUGUCAAGCUUCAUAUCGCUGCUCAUCACAUCUUCGCUGGUAGCCGUCACAUACGCAACACCAUCCGGCUUAAGAAGACCACGCAAUGAUGAUGUGUGUAACUUCGGCAACGCACAGUACGCUGUUGGCGAUAGCUGGCACCCAUACCUCCGACCCAACGGGAUAGACUACUGCAUACUGUGCUCGUGCCACGCUGCUGGGCAGGUACGGUGCGACGGUAGGACGUGCCCCCAUCUUACCUGUACGUAUCCCAGGAGGAUACCUGGACAGUGCUGCCCGACGUGUGCAUCAGGGUAUGAAACAACAACAGAACAACCGAUGACGUCACCACAGCAAUGUCAGUAUAAAGGCCUGGAGUAUCACCACGGUGCUAUGUUUUCAGCGACGGAUAUUUUCCGAUCAAGGCGAGAGGACCAAUGUGUUCAGUGCAGUUGCUCGAGUGGGCGAGUGUACUGUGCGUUGAGGACGUGUCCUGCCUUACCGUGUGCAAACUCAGUAGUGCUGCCCGAUUCAUGCUGUCCCGUUUGCGAAUCCACAGCUACGGAGGAAGACUACGAAGAUGAAGACCUUACUGGAGGAAACAAUCUCCACGGCUCAGUCGAAAUAUUACCUGACGAACCGUCGACUGAAGGAUCGUUCCCAGAGAACACUGCCAUAGUGCACCCAGCUGAAGAGGACGAUGUUAGAAUAUCCGAACUCGAUCCCAGCCGAUAUGUUUGCGAGUCCAACGGCAAAACAUACUUCGAAGACCAGAGCUGGCAUCCGGUACUGGUACCUUUCGGCAGAAUGGAAUGCAUCCUGUGCACUUGCAAGAGAGGAGAGGCUGUAUGUGGUAGGAUGAGAUGCCCAAGUGAGAACAGCUUGCCAUGUGCGAAUCCCAUACAGCACAGGGGAUCCUGCUGUAAAGUAUGCCCAGAUAUACCGACACAAUCGACGGGGUCUUCCGACGACGGGCCGUCCGAGGACAUCGAGGGUAUCGAUGAGGCUGCCCUCUGCCUCCGUAAGACGGAGAAAAUACUCCUGCAUGAGUUCGUGCCGUACUUGGUGGAGUCGCCGGACACCUUGCAGACGUUUCGAUUCGUAGUUGAAGACCUGGACGCUGGGGUCUUUGAACAUCAUUUGUGGGAAUUCAGAGAUGGACUGAUUUCGGAUUUUCAAAUUGAGCCAAUGACAGACGAGGACUUCCAAAACAAACAGGAAACCAAUAGAACGGGCUGGUUCCAACUUGCAGGCGCUUCAACACACCAUCGCCUGCAGAAACUCAAAAGAAAAGAGCGCAAACUGGAGAAAAACUGCAUCUCAAACUGUCAACGACAGGUCGUUCGACUAACGCGAAUGCUCAGACCAAGGGCAAUUGAAAGAGGAAUUGAAUGCACCCAGGCACCCGACACAACACCCAGGCAAAGGGGGACACUUGUAGUCCCAACUAGUGGGUGAAUUGGGCAUCUUGACUCAACUGGUACAAACUUUUAAGACGCAGUUGACAGCAGACUUACCCAGGUAGAUCCAGGUAAUACGGAGCGCAUGUUCUGAAGUUUUUAGCCUUCGAGAUAGACUCUGCUAGGGUCGAAACGUCAGGCCAUUAACAAUGUUGCGCAUUUUGGUUGGUAAGUUGUUUGCAACAGCUAAUUCUCUCUCGUAUUCAGAACUCUUAUUUACAAUUGCAAUUUACCUGGUGAGUCUGCUGCCACCUAGCGUUCUUAAGACUCACAUUCAUUAACAAUGUAAAACAAUGAAGCUUCUUUGUGUAGUUCUUGUACCCGCCCGCCUUUUGCCUAUUGUCAUGGCCAGUCAUUUAAAUUACCUAACACUAUGAUAGAAAAUUAAAAACACAGUUUAUCCCCAAACGCCCUUCCUGAACUGUGGCCUGGACAAGCUGUUUUUCACAAUUAAUUCUUAAAGGCCCUGGACACCUUUGGUAAAAUGUCAAAGACCAGUAUUCUCUCUUGGUAUAUCCCAACACAAUGCAUAAUAUGAGGUGUAGCUGCGUUAGAAAAGGUAAUUGGAUGCAAAUUUGAUGCAUAUUUGAUGACAGACUUAUAGUACAUGUAACAUGUGACGUCACACGUUUACAGAAGCGCCACAUAGCCCGAACUUCCUGCAGAUAAAAGUUGUACACGGCCCAUCCAGUGGGAGAAAAAAAUCAUGCAUUUUACCAACUUUAUAGAAGGGAAGUAAGGAGUGUACAUUUCAAAACUUGUCCAGCUUGUUUUUCUAACUGUCGAAUUAAUGUAAAGUUAUUACACAAAAUUAACAAGUUUUCAUGCAACCAGUGUAGUAUCUUGCCUGCCAGGCAAAGCCCUGGAAUGUACGAGGUCAGUCACUCUUUUUGUAAACAAAAGUUACAUGAUCCGAUAAACAAAAAAGAACAAGGGUGCAUUAGUCAAGUCUGCUGCCACCUAUCGUUUCAAAAAAGUCAUGCACCAUACAGAACCCUAAUCUUCCUAAUAACGAACGUACUUUGUAAAUAGUGAAACUUUCUAGCAAAUUGAUAUGUGUGCAUUUCCUAAGUAUUAUAUUUAAAAAACUGGUUGCGGUAUGGGCAACAGAAUUUGCGAAGAAAAAAAUAACUUUAUUUGGCAGUUAUCAACUGCGAACAUCUUGUACAUUAAAAUGUUUAUUUGUUUUAAAAUAAAAUAUGAAACUAACGUUUCAAUUAAUAAUAUAUGAUGAUAAUAUUAUAUGUAUAAUACCUUUAUGAAUAUUCAUAAGAUGUAGAAAUGAGAUGAAUAUCAUUCAUUUUUAACGAAUACAUGCAUGUUAUUUUAUAUAAACUUAUUGUUUACAAGUAGCUGGCAUUAUUCGGCCAACAGGGUACUGUAGAUGGGACAAAUGUUUUUUUCUGUUAUCCUUUACCAAUCCUGUAAAGGCAGCAGACACUUUUGGUAAUUGUCAAAGACUAGCCUUCACAGUUUGUGUAUCUCACCAUAUGCAUAAAAUAAUUAA